GGAUAAGCCUUACACAGAAAAUUGUAUAGUUAUUUCUCUUCUUCGGAUAAGCCUUAAAACACAGAAAAAUUCAAGAAGCUCCUAAGAAGGAGAGCUCCAAUCUCCAUUAGAGACCAAAUUCGAACUCAAAAUCGAAUUUUAGCGAAUACCCAAAUGGCGAUUUCAUCGUCUUCAUUGUCAGCAGCUCUUUUUCCAGUGUGUAAUUCAUCUUCCAUUUCUGCUCAACCCAAGUUUUCUCUUCUGUCUUUGCCUUCAAAUUCUGUUAAGUUACAGGUUUUCAACCAAUCUCGAGUGUCAACAACUAAGGUUUUUGCUUCUCCUGAAGUCUUGGAUGCCCAGAAUGUUGAGGCUGAUGUUGAGGAUAUUCCAGCUGCUUCAACACUGAGUAUUGGUGGUGACUCUGAUAAGGCAGCUCCAAAGCAGAAGAUUAGGAUCAAAUUGAGGUCAUACUGGGUACCCCUAAUAGAAGACUCUUGUAAGCAAAUUAUGGACGCUGCAAGAACGACAAAUGCAAAAACCGUAGGUCCUGUACCACUGCCCACCAAAAAGAGAAUUUACUGUGUCCUCAAAUCUCCACAUGUUCACAAAGAUGCCAGGUUCCAUUUCGAAAUAAGAACUCAUCAACGCCUUAUUGACAUUCUUUACCCGACUGCCCAAACUAUCGACAAGUUAAUGCUGCUUGACCUUCCUGCUGGUGUUGAUGUGGAGGUCAAGCUCUGAGAAAAUUGUUUCUCCUCCUUGUUUCACAUCGUAACCUUGUCUAUCUUUUGCUAGUUCGUUUAUGGUUUUGGAUUUUGUACUCAUAGACACACAAUCAUUUCUUGGGGAAAAUUAGGGUAAACAGAUAUUUUUUUCUGUGUAAUGAUUUGAUUACUAAGCAUCUUUUCAAUCUCA